AAGAAAGAAAAGAAGUCCCAUGCCCUAGGCCCUACCUUAUCCAAUCAUCCAAAAAUGAUUUCCUUCCAUUGAAUUCACAAUUCCAUCAAAAUCAACAGCCACCAAUUGUUACUCCUGAAAACAUCAUCAUCAUUCAUCAUUCAUGGAGAACAACAACCAACAACAACAAUAUCCAACACCUUCACCCACGGCAGUUACACCACCACCAUUCCAACAUCUUCUCCAACAACAACAACAACAGCUUCAAAUGUUCUGGUCCUACCAACGUCAAGAAAUCGAACACGUCAAUGACUUCAAAAACCAUCAACUUCCAUUAGCACGCAUUAAGAAAAUCAUGAAAGCUGAUGAAGACGUUCGCAUGAUUUCUGCAGAAGCACCAAUUCUCUUUGCUAAAGCUUGUGAGCUUUUCAUUCUUGAACUCACCAUUCGUUCUUGGCUUCAUGCUGAAGAGAAUAAACGACGAACUCUUCAGAAAAAUGAUAUUGCUGCUGCUAUUACUAGGACUGAUAUUUUUGAUUUUUUGGUUGAUAUUGUUCCGAGAGAUGAGAUUAAAGAUGAAGGUGCUGCUGCUAUUGUUGGUGCUGCUGCUAGUGGUGUUCCUUAUUAUUAUCCUCCUAUGGGACAACCUGCUGGAAUGAUGAUUGGUCGUCCGGCUGUUGAUCCCGCUACCGGUGUUUAUGUUCAGCCGCCUUCUCAGGCUUGGCAGUCUGUUUGGCAGACGGGCGCGGAUGAUGGUUCUUAUGCUGGUGGUGGCGGUGUUGGCAGUGGUCAGCACAAUGGCGAUGGCCAGAGCAGCUGAGUGACCGCGCUGCUGCCGAUGGACUGUCAAGACUUAAAAAGAUGCUGGACUUCUGCAAUGUUUCUUGGAAUUUUUUUAUUGCUUGCAAUUUAGAAAUGAUUUUGUUAACUAAAUUUGUAUGGGAUGCCAUCAAGAACCUUUUAACUUGAUGAUCAACAACAUGAUUUAACUACGUAUGUACAAAAUUUAAAAUCGAACAAUGAUCCUUCUAUGCAAUAUGUGAAACAUAUUUGAUCAUCAUCUGCUAAUAAACUAUAGUUUGUAUUUCUUCAUAA